AAAGGUUCCAUCAAGCACUGUCACUAUCAGUAAAUUUGAUUUCUCCUUGAUUUUCAUGGAUGUGGUCGUAGUGGUGCUUCAUCCGGACCAGUCACCCUAUAGCCCCACGCUAUCCUCUUAAAAAGAAAAAAAAAGAAAAAAAAAGGAAAGUGAAAAAAAAAACUUGUAGUAUCGCACGCCUACUCGGCCGCAUGCAUGCUCCCGACGCGGCCGAUUGGGCAUUUGGGCGAACGGUUGUUUCGGCAAGGAAGCCGCGCCUCCGCCCGCCCGCUCUCGCGCCUCUCCUCCGCCGCCGCCGUGAACCUCAACCAGCCGCCGCGCCGGCGACUGACCAUCACGCCGUAUUCCUGCCGUCGCGCACCCCUGCGCCGUGCGAUCCGCGAUACCAAGUUCUUUCAUGGGUGGAUGGUCAGGAUUCCAAACUGGUAGAGGCGGGGGAUGGAAUUUUCUGCCCUUCUGACUUCGGCGGGGAUAAACAUCGCUGUUUGUGUGCUCUUCUUGUCCCUCUAUUCAGUCCUCAGGAAGCAGCCUCACAACUUCAGCGUCUACUUUGGGAGGCGGCUUGCUGAAGAGAAGUUCCAGAGGCAGGACGAUUACUUCUCAUUUGAGAGGCUACUGCCUACUGCUGGUUGGAUUGUAAAGGCAUACUGGUGUACCGAAGAAGAGAUUCGCCAAGUUGCCGGCUUGGACUCUGUUGUGUUCCUUCGCCUCUUCAUUUUCAGCAUCCGUAUCUUCUCAAUUACUUCUCUUGUUUGUAUAUUUGUUGUGCUUCCUGUUAAUUAUCAUGGGAAAGAGAUGAAUCAAAAUCAUAUUCCAGCAGACGCAUUGAAUGUUUUUACUAUAGCCAAUAUCGUCGAACAAUCUCAAAAGCUUUGGGUGCACUGCUCUGCUUUAUAUGUCAUAACAAUCUCAGCUUGUAUUCUUCUUUAUCAUGAGUACAAGUAUAUUUCGAGGAAGAGAUUGCAACAUGUUACUGGAUCUCCUCCAAAUCCUGGCCAUUUUACUGUACUUGCCCGUUCAAUUCCGAGGUCAGACAAUGAGCUGCUUGAUGACACAAUCAGAAAUUUCUUUGUUAACUAUCACGGAUCAAGUUAUUUGUCACAUCAAAUGAUCUUUCGCAAAGGACAUUUUCAGAAGUUUGUGGAUAGAGCAGAGAGGGCUUAUAGGAAAUUUGUAAGGGUAAGACUCUCCGUAUCUGAGCGGCAUGGAAGAUCUAACAUGUCCAGAUGUGGUGUUUGUGGUGUAAGAGCUUCCUCAUUUCAGCUUUACCGCAACAAGUUCAUCGAGGCCAAGAAGUCGGACCUCACUAAUCCGGAAGUAGUGGAAGCUCAAAAGAACUGUCCCGGUGCCUUAGUGUUCUUCAAGACUCGCUACGCAGCUGUCGUCGCUUCUCGUGUACUCCAAUCAUCAAAUCCUAUGUUAUGGGUAACAGAUUUGGCUCCUGAGCCACGCGAUGUAUAUUGGUCAAAUCUCUGGAUCCCCUACAGACAGAUCUGGCUUCGGAAGCUAGCGACACUCGCAGCUAGUGUUGUUUUCAUGUUUGUGUUCAUCAUCCCCGUCGCAUUUGUCCAAAGCAUGAUGCAAGUGGAGCAGCUCAAAAGGAUGUUUCCAAGCUUGACAGGUAUCCUAAAUAAGUCCUUCUUCGCCAGAGUGAUAACAGGAUACCUUCCUAGCGUUACUUUGCUGCUGUCCCUGUACACCGUUCCUCCAUUGAUGAUGCUCUUCUCUUCUAUAGAAGGGUCUAUUUCUCGCAGCGGAAGAAAAAGAAGCGCAUGCUUGAAAAUUCUCCUCUUUAACAUCUGGAACGUCUUCUUUGUGAAUGUCCUGUCAGGAUCCGUAAUCAACCAGUUCAACGUUUUCUCCAGACCAAAGGACAUGCCGACUAUGCUAGCUCAACUAGUGCCAAAGCAGGCAACCUUUUUCAUCACGUAUGUGCUCACCUCAGGCUGGGCAAGUCUGUGCUCGGAGAUAUUGCAAGUGUACAACUUGGUCUACAACUUCUUCAGCAGAUUUAUAUGCUGCUGCCAUCAGAAUACCGAAUACGUCUACUCUUUCCCGUACCACACCGAAGUGCCGAAAAUCCUCCUGUUCAACCUGCUUGGCUUCACGUUUUCGAUCAUGGCGCCUCUCAUACUGCCCUUUUUGCUCGUGUACUUCUGCCUCGGCUACUUGGUAUAUCGGAACCAGAUUCUGAACGUGUACUACCCAAAGUACGAAAUGGGGGGCAAGCUGUGGCCGAUCAUGCACAACACCAUAGUGUUCUCGCUUGUCCUCACGCAGGUGAUCGCGCUCGGCGUCUUCACCAUCAAGCACUCCCCUGUGGCGGCAGGCUUCACCAUCCUGCUCCUCGUCGGCACGGUGCUCUUCAACGAGUACUGCAGGCACCGCUUCUCCCGCAUCUUCGAGGCCUACUCCGCCCAGGACGUGAUCGAGCUGGACAGGGACGACGAGCAGUCCGGGAGGAUGCAGGAGAUCCACCAGCAUCUCCUGGACGCCUACAGCCAGACCCCGCCGGGGGAGGGAUCCUCAAGGGGCGGCAGCCAGGUGCCCAUCGAGCUCAUCAUGGAGGACCCCGCGCAGGAGGCGUCGGAGUCCAGCCAGGAGCUCUGCGACACCGUGCAGGAGGUGUCCGAGGCCCACGACCACGACCACAUCGUCGAGGACAAGGCGCAUUCCGUGUAGAUAUAAAUGGAUCGAUGAUUUGGACGGACAAUGCUGGAUUCUUCGAUGGGGUGUGUACGUAUGUAGAUCCUGUACAGCUUAAUUUGCUCCCUGUAGUACACAUAUUUUGACGUAACGUGACAAGUUGAUUUGUAGCGUUAGCGCGCGUAGCAGAUUCGAAACUCGAAAGCAAAUAUUUACAUUUAUAAAAUCUACAAUAUAGGAUCUGUGUCUAAUCUAAU